UAGUUCCUUUACUGAGUAUAAAAGUUCGCCAUUUUGUAAACCCAAUCGGGAUAGCUGCAGUCGAAAACUGUUGUAGCUUUCCCAACAUAUCCAGAUCCGGUGGCAGCUGGGAGUCUCAACAAAAUGCAAGCUAUAAAAUGUGUCGUUGUUGGUGAUGGUGCUGUUGGUAAAACUUGCUUACUUAUCAGUUACACAACCAAUGCAUUUCCUGGAGAGUACAUCCCAACAGUGUUUGAUAACUAUUCUGCUAAUGUUAUGGUGGAUGGGAAGCCCAUCAAUUUGGGCCUAUGGGACACAGCUGGACAAGAGGAUUAUGAUAGACUUAGACCACUGUCAUAUCCACAGACAGAUGUUUUCCUCAUAUGUUUUUCACUGAUAAGCCCAGCAAGUUUUGAAAAUGUUCGAGCAAAGUGGUAUCCUGAAGUAAGUCACCAUUGUCCAAACACACCUAUUAUACUGGUGGGGACUAAGCUGGACUUGCGAGAAGACAAAGAGACUAUUGAGAAGCUAAAAGAGAAGAAACUGUCUCCAAUCACAUACCCGCAGGGCCUGGCAAUGGCAAAGGAGAUCGGAGCUGUCAAAUACCUUGAGUGUUCUGCUCUUACACAAAAAGGACUCAAGAAUGUCUUUGAUGAAGCCAUCCGAGCAGUUCUGUGCCCAAAGCCAAAACCAAAGAAGAAGAAGCAGUGCAUAGUAUUGUGAAUCAUACAGGAUGAAGAUACAAAUUUAAUUAUACUAUGAGAAAAGUUGAAGCAGUGAAAAUAUAUGUACAUUUUAUAACCUUUUGAAUCUGGAAUUGUUUCAGUUUUGAUGUAUCACAACCCCAGGUGUAACGUGACAUCGUGCCAAAAAAGAAAAAGGAAAGAGGAUGGAAAUGAGGUGGGAGAGAUUUCAGUUACAAGACAAUAGGUUUUGCAGUCAUCCUGGAAAGAAACUUCGGCAUGAAUUAUGAUUAUCCAUUAGUUGUUUGCUUUGGAAGUGAGAAACAAGUCUAAGAAUGCAGUCUGCUGCUUAACAAUGCUGGUAAACAUUUUACAUUGUGAAAAUUGUGUGAGCUAUUUAACAGCAGUUUCUGUAUAAUGCACAAGUAAUCUAAGAUUAAAACCAUUUGUAAAUGAAAAUGUUAGAAGCUAUAGGUUUUUUUGGGGGGGGGGGGCAGUGGGGCUUUUAUUUAUUUUUUUUGUCCGAGAAAGGCGUUAAUGUUUUUCUUGCUUAUUAACUUUCCAGCUGAAGUCAGCUUUUGCCUGCGUAAGAAACUGGUCAUUUCCAGGUCAAGAUGAUGUCAUGUUUACUCUUAGUCUGGUCAUAGUCUGUGGAAGGGCAUUGCCAGUAAAGGAUACAAAAUUGCUUAAGAAGCAAUGAGUGCUUUUCAUAUUUGGAGGACUAAUUUUCUCGGUAAAUAUCAGUGCCUGUUACCUUACAAUGUGGGGCCAAUUAUUAGUCUCGCUGAAUGAGCUUGCCUUCAGCAGUUUGUCUCAAAACAUUUUUAGUCUUUUCUGUGAAAAAUUACCAGUCAUCUGCCUGUAUGAUACAAUAUUUUCGUCAAGAGUUCAAAUCUUAUGAAUCUUGGAAAUAAAAUUUAGAAUUCAACUCGAAGAUGGUUGUAGAUAUCUCUGGAGGGGUGGGGGGAGUAAAAGGUUCCCCACUUGCCUUAUGUUUGCUUGUUACGACUUCUGUGAUUUUGUUUAACUACAUUUAGAAGUAUUCCAAUUUGUGUGACGUUUUUGUUUCAAAAAUAAUUUAGCAAAAGUAUCCCAGAGACUUCUUGGGAAAACCUUAAGAAUUAAGAAUAUUGAGGGGGGUUGAAGAAAAGUGAGCAUCAGAUAGCAUUUAUCCGUUUCAUUAUUGUAUGACAGAGCCUGUUUAUGCUGAGUACUUUUUUUUAAUCUGGUCCUGGAGAUCAGUUAAUUUUUGGGUCUUUCAUUUUUAAGAAUUUUUUUUUAUGUUGCCUUUAGUUUUCAGGCGCAGGGUGGGUUGGGUGGGAACCUAGUUUUGCAUUUGCCUUUUUAUGAUAAUGUUCUUAGAAAUUUGAAAUAUAUGAUUCUGCUUUCAUAUUUUUCAUGCACUUUUUAUGUAAAGUUAAAUUUUGCCUAAUUUGGGUUCUGCAUUACUGUGCCUGCAUGAUUUAUUUUUAAUAGACUACUUAAAACGUCUUAAUAUGUAUCCAACACCAUGCAUGGAUAUUUUUCUGUUCAUCAAAAGUAUUGAUCUACAGCAUGCUAAAAAGCAACAUAAAUUUGAACACAAAAAGAACAUUCUGAUUGGCUACGUCAUUGCUUGCAUUGAAGAGGCCUUAGCUAUCUGUUCAUGCUAGAUGAUGAUUUUUUUUUUUCUCACUUCUGUGAUACGAGUGUAAUGUCAUUCAUAUAAAUACUGAUACAUCCCCAUAAAGACAACACAACUAUACAAACACAUUUGACUGAAUUUUACAUUAUUAUUGUUUUUUCUGAAAUGGUGUGAAAUGUCAUGUUAAGCUUGGUCAAGUUUGCACAAAUAUGUGUUGUCCUGGGAUAAAUUACAAAUAAGGUAUUAGAUAGUGCUUAUGCUAGUGCACAGUGUUAUAUGUAUAUUGUUUUGGUUUGUCAUACAUUUACAUUGUAAAGCAUGCUUUUUCCUGUUUUCUUCCUGUCAUUGACAUUUCUCAGCGAGGGAAAUGUGUGCAUGUUCAGAAACUUUAAGGUCUCAUUGUGUUUGUAAAUAUAAACGCUUUUAUAUGAUAUGUAUCUUUUGAUAAAUAAAAAAAGUAAUUAGAAAUCUGAAAUGAAAGAAGAAAUUUAAUGUCCAUCAUUUUUGUAUUGCAUAUGUUUUGUCUUUCCAUGUAGUUCACCAUGAAAAGCAUGAGUGAUUUGACUUGUUCAUGCUAAAAUUUUGACAGCAUGUGAUUAAAAAACAAUGUAAGUUAAAAUCAUAAACCGUGCAUUCAACAUCUAUGGGGACUACAAGAUAAAUCAGAUUUUCGGAUAAUGCAUAUUUGCAAGAAAUUAAGUGACUAAAAUAUUAUCAGCGUUAAAAGUAGUGUUUCUUUCCACUACCCCUUCUUUCAACACGAAAUCUGAACAUAGCCCUGGAUCCAGUUUUUUCCUUGGGGCCUGAUUCUUAUCGGCAGUCUUGUGUUGUUCAAGCAAAAUAGGAUCUUUUAGUCUGAAUACUGGAUAUUUAAAACUUGCUAAAUUGUUUUAUUGCUUCUGAUCAGCCAGUUUGCUCAGCAACUAAACUAAAGUAGAUCCAUUUUAUAAGGAAAAGUCACUUUGCAAGUUAAUAACGUUCAUUCAAUAAAGUCUUCAUUCAGUAGGUCAGUCCAGUGUUUUAAGAAGUGCACCGUAUUAAAAGUAUUUCGAUACAAAGCGAACAAAUAUUUCUUAUCAAAUAUUUUUGUGUUAUCUUUGCAUUAAUAAGCAAAGUGUAUUUGACUGCCCAUUCACAUGCUUACGUCAGGCUUGUCCAUUUAUAUGUGUGCAAGAGAGAGAAAGAAGUUUUAACCCAUAAAUUAUUUUUGUGAAGCUAUGCCAAACAUCGGAGCACGUUGAAAGCAAUUUUAGAGCAGUGGUUGAGGGUUUCUUCUAAUGCCUCACAAUUUUAAUGUACACAAAAACUAGUUGCGCAUUGAGCCUUGACCAUAAAAGAUCAUGCCUGGGAUUGGGUUGUAUUUUGUUUGUUGUUUUUUUAACUGGAGGGGGCUUAAAAAUAAGCAUAGUAAUGGGGAAAGAGAAAUAGAUUUUUUUCAAGCAAACUGAAUUGUUAUUCGAUGCCUUUUUUUUGCAAAUAAAGUUUCUUUGUGUAGCAGAAGGAACUUGCAAAUUGGAGGAUCUUGUUUUAUGUAAUGGUGCCAUAUAAAUGUUAUGAGUUAUGGGUAACUAAAGCAUAUUUUCACAUAAUGCAGAUCACCAUGAUGCAGCCUUAAUUACUGGCAUGGCAUAAAACUCAAAAUAACCAAAAUCAUAGAGAAAUUUUACAAACAUGUUUAGGCUUAGCUCAUGCCCCAAUGACCUGUUGUUAGCCCAUUUAUUUAAAAUUACAGCCUGCAUCUAUGCGCUCUUCUUGUCAUAUAAAUGUCACCCAGGUUUAAAUGGUAAACUGUGUAUGUUGUGAUGUAUUUGAAGUAGUUUAGUGUUUUCCUAGUACAGUCAUUGACUUGGAUUGUCUUAGCAGUCUUGGUAAUCUGUAUAUAAUUAACAGGUAGGGUUGACAGCACUUAGGUGAUUCAUAAACAUCCUUUCUUACUAUAAAGGUACUCUAACAAACAGGCUGUAAACAAAAAGACAAAUAUGAUUUUGCUAUGUUCCAGUAGAGGUAUGUGAUCAGCGGGGAGAAAAAUAUCUUUUUUCUGUCUCUCUCAAUCCCAGUCAUCACCUUCAAAGGUUUUGAGUAUUAGGUUUCAAAUGUACACAUUUAUGAAAAGAGCAAAAAAAAAGAAGACCCUCUAAAUAGCAAUUUCUGAAUGUAAGCAUGCUUUUGACUCUGGCAAGCAGGAGAUGUCUGUUCUUGUUUUCAGAGCGCCUUUUCUCUUUUUUGUUUCUGCUGUCACAAAUAAAGAUUUACUGUGUCUAUACAUCUACAAACAUUUACAAUGUUUUCCUGUAACCUUUUGUAUUGGGAAACAUGAAACAAUUCCAA